AUGGCGAAACCACGGGGUAUCAAAUUCAAUCAUAGGAAUGGCCGUACUGGUAGUGAUGGUCGCAGGAGUAGUUUCUCAGAUAUCAGUGAAGCUGCGUCGGAGCCAAACUCGCCAGGGAAGACAGAUGGCGCAAGCGAUGAGAAGAAACAUGAUGCGGUUGUUGUGCCAUCGGAAUACGAAAAGAAGAAGCAAACCUUUAUUACACGAUCGAUAUGGACAUUUGUGAUGAUAGGGGGGUUCUUUGCCUCAAUGUUCAUGGGUCACAUAUAUAUCAUUGCGAUUGUCACCGCAGUACAGAUAAUCUCGUUCAAGGAAGUCAUUGCGAUUGCAAAUGUACCUAGUCGAGCUCGUCGAUUGCGCUUCACGAAGGCUCUGAAUUGGUAUUGGUUGGCGACUACCAUGUACUUCUUAUAUGGCGAGAGUGUGAUAUACUAUUUCAAACACAUUGUGUUGGUCGAUAAAGUCUUAUUGCCCUUUGCAACACAUCACAGGUUCAUCAGCUUCAUGCUUUAUACUAUUGGAUUCGUAUUCUUCGUUGCGUCUCUUCAAGCAGGACACUACAAGUUCCAAUUCACACAAUUUGCCUGGACUCAUAUGGCCCUCAUCCUUAUUGUGGUCCAAGCUCAUUUCAUUAUGAACAAUGUCUUCGAGGGAAUGAUUUGGUUCUUUUUACCAGUGUCUUUGGUUAUCUGCAAUGAUAUAUUUGCUUAUAUCUGCGGUAUCACAUUUGGUCGAACUCAACUCAUUAAGCUCUCACCCAAAAAGACUGUGGAAGGUUUUGUUGGAGCUUGGAUUCUCACAAUCAUUUUCGGUGUCGGUAUGACUAAUGUUCUCAUGCGGUACAAAUACUUCAUCUGCCCUGUCAAUGAUCUGGGUGCCAAUCUCUGGACUGGUCUUGAGUGUACGCCAAAUCCGGUAUUCUUACCCCACACUUAUCAACUACCCAUCUGGUUUCCAGUUUGGAAAUCUUUCUCUAUGGCACCUAUGCAAGGUCACAUUCUUGUAUUUGGAACUUUCGCAUCACUCAUCGCACCAUUCGGUGGAUUUUUCGCUUCUGGACUCAAAAGAACUUUCAAAAUCAAGGACUUUGGCGACUCAAUUCCUGGACAUGGUGGAAUCACCGAUCGUAUGGAUUGUCAAUUUAUCAUGGGAUUUUUCGCCUACGUCUAUUUCCACAGCUUUGUUGCUAUCUACAAGGUAUCACUUGGUGGUGUCAUUGAAACUGUGAUUAAUGGCUUAACACCGGAAGAGCAAAUGGAGCUCGUCAAGGGGAUUGGCAAGCAUCUUUAUAACCAAGGGACAAUUACAGAAGGGGUAUUGGAUUGUCUCAACGUGGUAGUGAAUAAGAGAUAA